GAACAAGGACUAGACGGCGAUAAAUUACUGCAUGUGGCGGGCGGACCCCAUACUGGAAUUAUCAUCAAUAAACUUUGCAAACAUGUUCCUGGAGAUUGCUCAAACCACGUUGAGCUAUCAUUUUCUGUCUGGCUUAGUGAUGGAAAUAAUAGGAAACAGGAAAAGCGUACAUUGAAGUUUACCUUGCGAAAUGACGUAGAGCUACAUCAUGGCCGUUCUGUGGUACAUAAUUUCUUCAAACAACUUAUGUCUGGUUUCCCAAAAGAUUAUGUCUCAUUCAUGAUGCGCAUUCUGAAACAACUGCAGCAUGAGUUUGCCGAGAUUCAACGUAUCGACAUUGAAUUCAAGCUUCUUAGCGAAGAAGAACAAGUACCGAUCCCGGACGCAGCCCAAUACGACUCGGGUUCGGAAGUGGAAGAAGUCACAGUGGGACACAUCCAAGAGUUGCUUGAACAUGCGUUCCCGAAUGGCCUCAGCGUUCCGGUUAUGGCAGAAGCCCUUAGGACCACUGAAGACGAAGUAAUUCAUUAUCUCGGCGAACUGGAAGCUUUAGGAAUAGUAUGUCGUGUAGAAGAUGAAUGGCUCAGAGUAGAUACUCGUAAUGUUGAUGCAGUAGCUCGAACUGUACACGGUAUGAGUUACAUCAGUUGCUUAUUGAAUUGUUUUUUUUCAGGUGCACAAGAUCAACCGACAGUUGCGAUCAUAACAUGUCUGUUCGUUGAAAAACAAGCCGUAGAUGCAUUAAUCGAGGAACGGUCAAUUUUACACAAAUACAAAUCUGGUGGUGACUCGAAUGUCUAUUCGAUGGGACGUAUUGGCCAUCAUCGUGUUGUGGCUACCAAGCUUGCUUCUAUUGGAGAUUCUCGUGAAGCUACCACAAGCGCUGGUUCCAUCACCACAAGGUUGCUGGGAAAUUUCCAAAAUAUCGAACACGUUUUUGUGGUCGGCGUCGGUGGAGCAGUUCCUCAUUUCACAGAUGCCAAGCGACAUGCCCGUUUAGGUGAUGUAGUUGUGAGUGCAAGUAAACCAGAUGCCUAUAUUUAUUGCCAUGAUUUGAUUGUUGAUCGUAAGACAGAUGCUUUCUCAGGAUUCGCUGUAAGGAGAUGGAAUCCAGUUGACCAUAUUAUCAGUCGUAUUGUCGAAGACGGAAGUGAGGAGGUUAUGGAAAAAUGGAAUGAAAUGACAACAGAAGCAGUCAAACGCCUUCACGAUGCUGGUGGAGACUACGACUUCUCAAUGCCGUCGGCUGACACAGAUGUACUGGCGCUACCUGUGGGUGGCGGUAACGUCGUAGUCGUUCCACAUCCCAAUCAGGAAACUAGGAAAGGGCCAGAAAUUCACCUUGGUCCAAUUGGAGCCCUGGCGAACUUUAAACGACACUUCGAAGAGACCGAAGAGGAGUCUGUGGGAACAUUCCGUACGAAGUUCGGCGAGGAGUUCGAGUUGCGCGCUUUGGAUGCUGGCUUCGACUCAGUCAUUGCGGCCAUCAGUGGAUCUCGCAUCGACUCGUGGACUUUGAUCAGAGGUAUCGCUGACUACCAACAUGGCCUCAGUCGAGCCAGUAAACUGUGGCAGGUACGUUUUUGGCUAAAUAUAAUUGGGAAUGCAGUGGACACUGUGAGCGCAGGGCUGAAUUACUUCUCACUGAGGGAAAGCUCAUGCGGCUGCCCGAGCUGCCGCUAUGCUCCGCGUCGUGGUGGAAAGAUUGCCGCCUCCAUAGAGGAUCUGAGAAUUUGUUGUGUUCUUGUUCAAUUUGUGUCUUUCGGAAUGAUCGGCAAUAGCGCGGAAGUCGGAGGUUCCAUGGAAAAGCGAGGAAAGUCUAAGAUCCGUCGUACCGCUCCGUGUGUACUCAAACGAUGCCCCGCCUAUUCGGGCGCCGGACAUCGUCCUUCGGUCGAAGGUCUCAACGUUCUGUUCCAUAUUAUUCAUUAUUCAAUUCCUUGCAGCCUUGUUAUAAAUUUCAUAAACGAAGAGGUUGCAGGAGCCGAGGGAUUACUGCAAAAUGGCUGUGGACAUGAAAAGGAACUAUCUGAAAUUGCUCAUGCAUUUCAGACGUCACGAUCUGGUACAGGCAUAGCAGGCUUUGAACUAACUUUGCUAGAAAAAGACAAAUGUUUUGUCGACGUUUCGGCUCCCACUUGGUUGAGUCUGUUCUCAAACGAGUUCAUCGAAGAACAUGAUCGGUUGUUCACGGAGGCAAAAAUCACCGGUGAUCAUCUGGCGGUCACUUCACACUACUAUUCAGUCAUGUCCAAAGUUAUUGAUGAGUACUUUGGAGGAAAUUUCCACUUCGCACCUCCGAGACACGAGAAGUUGUCGCUCGAAGAAGCUUUGACUGAUCUUCAUAGGAAAAUUGGUCAACGCCUUGGUUUGGCUGCUGGUAUGUUGUGCGUGGAUCUCGGUUGUGGCAUCGGUGGAGUGAUGAAGGAUCUGGCCUCCACUCAGGCUAAUCUAAUUGGUAUAACAAUUGCUGCCAACGAGGUGGAAAUUGGUAACAAAGAAUUUCGCAAGUUGGGUAUUGAUUCGACAUGCCGACUAAUGGAGGGAGAUUGUCAUGACAUGCCGCUGGAUGACGGUAGUCAAGAUGCAGCCUAUGCUGUCUACUCGUUGAAGUACUUUCCUAAUUUGGACGGAGUAAUGAAAGAGGUGUCUAGGAUUUUGAAACCUGGUGGCCGCUUCUUGGUAUACGAUCUAAUUAAGACCGAAAAAUAUGACGAGAAGAAUGAGACUCAUAUUCAGAUUGUAGAAGGCCUUGAGCACGCCUGUGGAAUGCCUUCAUUGCACACUCGGGCCGAGAUGGUGGCAGCUGCCGAGCAAUUCGGCCUGAUUUUCGAAGAAGAAGAGGAUCUCGCAGUGACAAAUGAGAACCCAUUUCACUAUUGUUUUUCACAUUCGCCCAUUUUCAUGUGGCUCGUCGAAAGUCAUUUCAUCAGAAAUCUGGUCAACAUCGCUCAGAAACUUCGAAUUCUCCCCAGAGGUUUCCACAAGUUCAACAGGAUUUUCCUUUCUGGCACUGUGGAAAAGAUUGUAAAUGGCGGUCGACUAGGAAUCUUGUCUGGAUCGAAUAUUCUCGUAUUCAAAAAGAAAGUUUGA